CCCUUCAGUCUUGCACAGGUGUACCGGCUCCUCCCCUUCAGUCUUGCACAGUUGUACCGGAUCCUCCCCUUCAGUCUUGCACAGGUGUACCAGCUCCUCCCCUUCAGUCUUGUACAGGUGUACCGGCUCCUCCCCUUCAGUCUUGUACAGGUGUACCGGCUCCUCCCCUUCAGUCUUGUGUUCCGGCUCCUCCCCUUCAAUCUUGCACAGGUGUACCGGCUCCUCUCCUUCAGUCUUGCACAGGUGUACCGGCUCCUCCCCUUCGGUCUUGCACAGGUGUACCGGCUCCUCCCUUUCAGUCUUGCACAGGUGUACCGGCUCCUCCCCUUCAGUCUUGCACAGGUGUGCCGGCUCCUCUCCUGGACUGAAAUGGCUUACUCUGAUUUCACUGCACACUGUGAGCUUCUCACAAGGUGC